ACCUCUCUAUUCUCAUCUCCUCUGCUCAGUCGUCAGAAGCGUUCGCAGCCAACUCCUCCCCGUGCUUCCCUCCGGCGACAGAGGCAGAACGCGAAGCGAAAGGCAUGGCGACGGGAACGACCACCGCCGCAGCGACGGCGAGGCAGCUGUCGCAGAAGGAGGCCGACAUUCAGAUGAUGUUGGCCGCCGAGGUCCACCUCGGCACCAAGAACUGCGACUUCCAGAUGGAGCGUUACGUCUUCAAACGCCGCAACGACGGUAUUUACAUUAUUAACCUCGGAAAAACAUGGGAGAAACUCCAGUUGGCAGCUAGGGUUAUUGUUGCUAUUGAGAACCCUCAGGACAUCAUUGUUCAGUCUGCUAGACCCUAUGGCCAGAGAGCUGUUCUCAAGUUUGCCCAGUACACCAAUACUCACGCCAUUGCUGGAAGGCACACUCCAGGUACAUUCACUAACCAGCUCCAAACAUCUUUCAGCGAGCCGCGUCUUCUCAUCCUCACGGAUCCAAGAACCGACCACCAGCCGAUUAAAGAAUCUGCUCUCGGGAACAUUCCGACAAUCGCUUUCUGUGACACCGACUCUCCAAUGCGGUAUGUUGAUAUUGGGAUCCCGGCGAAUAACAAGGGGAAGCACAGCAUUGGGUGUCUGUUCUGGCUGUUGGCAAGGAUGGUUUUGCAGAUGCGUGGCACCAUCGCACCUGGCCAUAAGUGGGAUGUGAUGGUCGAUCUGUUCUUCUACAGAGAACCUGAGGAAGCGAAGCAACAGGAGGAGGAUGAAGGAAUUGUUGCAGGUGAUUAUGGGAUCACUGAUUACGCUGCUGGACAAGCUAUACCUGACCAAUGGACUUCUCAAAUCCCCGAUUCUCAGUGGGCUAGUGAAGCAGCUGCCCCACCCAUGCCUGCAGUCCAACCAAGUGGAUGGGAAUCAGCGCCUGCGGCACCUACGGCGGCUGACGGGUGGGAAAUUGCGGCUGCGCCACCACCACCCAGCGCGGCAGUUGUUCCAUCAAAUGAUGCUGGUUGGGAGUGAAAAUUUUGGCUGUCUGCAGGCAACAUCUUCAGUUCUUUUAUCUUUCGGGUUUGGGACUUGUUGGGGCAUAGUUCUAUAGAUGAGUUCUGUUUAGAGAGAUUUUGCCAUAAGUUUUUGUUAUCCCAUCAAGUGAUGCUGUAUUUGGUUCAACUGGUUUCUUAUCUAUGAUAGUUAUUUUUGCAUCGUUUUUACCUUGC